UCUGUUCUGUAUUUUAUUCAAUUGUAAAACGUCAUCCAAACGAAGAAGAAAAAGAUUUCAUUUCUCCUUGAUGAAAAUAGUGAACAUUUGGUGGUCAUUUCAUUUUCUGUGUGAUUGUUAAAUUUUUAAUUUGUUUCGAAUAAAAAUGGCAACGAGAACGCUAUCACGCAAUUUGCCCUAUAUAAAUCAACAGAUAUCAGCAUUGUUGGUCAACACGUCACCGUCGGUUAAGUUUAUCUGUAUCGUCACAAUUUUCGGUUACCUGCUAUCAUUUUCAGAAACGGCUAUAAAAGCAUUGAGUGUGACUCCAGGGUACAUACUACCACCACAAUUCUGCAUAUGGACAGCGUUCACAUUUUGCUUUCUCGAGCUAUAUUUGUGGGAAGUGUUUUUGGAUAUAAUUAUUGUUGGACUGUGUGGCAAGCUUAUCGAACCAUUAUGGGGUCAAAUGGAAAUGAUGACUUUUUUUGCAAUCACCAAUCUUGGAGUGGCCAUUCUCUCAUCGAUGUACUAUUUAUUUGUGUAUUUUUGCACAAAAGAUGAUGAUCUAUUGUUUAAUGUUCAUAUCCAUGGUUUGUCUGGCUAUGUGGCUGCCGUUUGUGUUGCCGUUCGACAAAUCAUGCCCGAUUUAUUGAUAGCUAAAACACGCAUCGGAAAACUUACAAAUCGCAAUAUGCCAUUGAUUGUGGUAUUUUUCUCGAUAAUAUUUUGGCUGUGUGGUAUUUUAGAUGGCACCACUCCUACCAUGUUUAUAUCAGGAUUGAUUGUGUCAUGGAUUUAUUUAAGAUUUUAUCAAUUGCAUGCAAAUGGAAAUCGUGGCGAUGGAUCUGAAAGCUUUACAUUCGCUAGCUUCUUCCCAACAAUUUUGCAACCAGCAAUCAGUGCUCUAGUCAACCCAUUACAUAAUUUAUUCUUGCGCAUCGGCAUAGUGAAACCGCAUGCGGUACUGAGAAAUUCGGCCCACUCACUGACAUCAGUGGUGUCUGUUCAAAAUGUCGAUAUGCAUGAUAUGGAGCGACGAAGACAAAUCGCCCUAAAAGCGCUAAGCGAACGGUUAUCACGAACAACAGACUCAAGUAGACAGAAAAUUUUACCCAAAUCAUUUCCACAUCAUCAUAAUCAUCAAGGUCAUGCUCAUGGCCAUGGACAUCACCACAACUUCUCGGACAGCAGUCAACCUCCAUUCAUUGCUUCACAAAAAGUACCAGUGGAAUUUACUAUACCAGCAAUCCCAUUACCACCACCACCAUCGAUGGUAGCACCCGCACAACAAUAUUCGCAACCAACUGAACCGGCGGCUGCACAAAGUACCACAAACACUCUCAUUGACUUGGGCACGCCAACCGAACCACCAAAUAAUUCAUGAAGCUCAGAUAUAGAUUUGAUAGCAACUGUUUGAAAAUUUAGUAAAUUAAUUAUAAUCAAUUUUUAGAUUUAGUUAAGGAUGGAUUUUAGUCAGUGUAAUAAUUCUGUUGAAUAUGCGAUCAAAAUUUCCUUUUCCUCUGAAUUCAUUACACACUACUCGCAUAUAUUUCUUAUCCUCUCAUUCACGGGUUGAUCGAGUUAAUCCACGUUAGUUUUUUUUUUUUUUUAAUUUUCAAUUUCCAUUCAAUACCUGCGCCUAAUUUUCAUCGGAACGUCUUUUCGUUUCAGUUAUAUCCCUUUCAAGAAGUGAACAAAACAGACGAUCAACGAAUCGUUUUGAACAUUUAUGCACUUUGUAAAUAUUAAAACACUGAUAUACAAUUUGAUUUAAA